AUGGCAGAUAUGAACAAGCUCAAUAACACAGUAGAGGCUUGGUCAUUAACUGAACCAGCCUGGAUAGGGCUGUAUAACACCAGCUGGAGGUGGUCUCCGGGAGACACAGAGUUAGAGAGUGAGGGGUUUUGGGACAAAGACACAAAUCUCACUAAGUACAUCCUCAUCACUGAAGAGAAGACUUGGAGCGAGGCUCAGCGCUACUGUCAGAAGAACCACACGGACCUGGCCAGUGUGAGGAAUGUAACAGAGAAUAACACCAUACAGAACAUCAUACAGGACACCAUACAGAAGAACUAUAUGAGGGAUAAAACAAAGAAGAACAUCAUAAUGAAGGCCAUACGGGACACCAUACAGUUACAGGAAAAGGUGUGGAUCGGCCUGUAUAGAGAUUGGAGGUGGUCCGACCAGAGUGGCUCAACCUUCAGAAACUGGAUGGCAGGCGAGCCAAACGGGCCAAACGGGCCAAAAGGGCAUAACGGGGGAGUUGUGGGAGGAAAACACGAAAACCUCUGUGUGGAAGUUAAGUUCCCAUCUGGAGAGUGGAAUGAUCACAACUGUAUCACCGAACAUCCUUUUAUCUGCUAUGAUGAUAAGCUGGUCCUGGUCUCAGAGAACAAGACGUGGUCAGAAGCCCUGUGGCACUGCAGAGGCCUGAACAUGGAGCUGGUGUCUGUCCACAACCACAGCAUCCAGCACUGGGUCAAACAGGAAGCCAAGAAUGCCUCCAGUCCCUACGUCUGGCUGGGCCUGAGGUACACCUGCACCCUGGACUUCUGGUUCUGGGUCAAUGGAGAAGAGUCCUGCUACCACAACUGGGCCGACGGGGAGGGCUACAACACCAGCAAGGAGCAGUCUGGGAACACGGGGGCCAUAGAGAGAGACGGGGGGAAGUGGGUCGGCCUGCCUGAGACUGACAAAUUCAACUUCAUCUGCAGCAAGAGUGAUGGUCAGAUUUAA